AUGUCCGCUGACGAUGGAGCCACGGCCGAGAACUCGGUUCUUUUGAAUUACGUCGGCAAAGUCGAGGUUCUCUCAUUGUUUGAGUCGUUCAAGAAGAGACACUGGGCUCUGUCUUUGGGUCUGAGCGUGGGAUUUCUCCUGGGCGUUUCCGUCACCGCGGCCAACAGUUUGACCUAUUCGAAGCUUUCCGCCGAGAUCUUCCAUGAUGCCACUCUCCGAAAGGCGACUGGUUUCGAUUUCGAUAAACUUGUCACCCCGAACGGAUCCCUCGCUAUUUCAUCGGAUCAUGUCGGCAAUCAACCCUACGGUGCGGUCAGCGCCCAACGUGUGGUUGGGGGACCGUACACUUCAUGGACCAGCGGGAAGUACGUGUUCGAGUCUUUUCAGUUGGUGGACAAUGAAGACUCUGAUGAAGGGGCCGAUCUGGAUGCAGAGGUCUCUUCAUUUGCCGCUUCCUUCGACUGCAAAGAGUUGGAUUACUCCUGGACUCUCGGCAGCCCAGAUUCUACGAUGCAAACUGCGAGACAAGUCAACUUUAUUGCCAAUCAGACCAUUGACAAAUGUGUCUUGUCGGUGUAUCAGGAAAGAAACAUCUUACCCAACAGUACAGAUUCAUCCCCCCGAGGAUGGCUCAACAUUACUUCCUGCUUGAACGAUCCAAAGGACAUCCGCAUCCUGGCAACGGUGGCGAGCCCUCUUGAAAAUUCAACCACUCCUGCGAGCAACACUACUCUGGACAUUUCAAUAUCUGGAAUGGUAUGUUCUCCGAUUUUCACUAUGCAACAAGCUCGUGUACGGGCUAGUGCAAGGACCGGAGAAAUAAGGAAGUUCGAACUGUUGCCGGAUACACUUGAGCCGGCGGAUAUCAAAACACCUGUUGAGGCCAUCUGGCAAUACUUGAGCAAUCCAACUACUGCGAACAUGGACUGGUGGAGAGCGAGGCGGUGGGGUCCGUUCGACACUGAGAUGGAGAAAAUCUUUAACUUGACUCAGACGUUCGCUUAUUGGCAACGUAGUGACGAUUUCUUCGACGCCUUCUUUCAAGGCGUAGAUGCAAACAAGCGUAGGGACCUUGUAAACCAUCCCGUCGAGUUCAAGUCUGAGCUGGAAUCACUGGCCGGAAACACCAUAGCACAAGUGGUCAAUUUCAUCGGUCGGUCAAAUUCAUCCGAUGAGCUGAGUGGCGAAACGGUGAGGAAUGGCCCCAGGCUUCUUCUCCGGGACGCAUCCCUGCGAGUUCUCCAGGCAAUCUUUAUUUUCAUCGGGCUUACGGGGAUCCUGCUCGCUACCUCGCUCCGGCCACGCUCUGACCUUCACCGCGAUCCUGGAUCAUUGGCUCAGACUGCUGUCAUCAUUUCCACCUCGCAUGGUUCUACCGAGGAAGCAUUUGCAUCCCACUCCCGGUCCUCGAAUAUGAGCAUGGCCAAUAAUCUCCAAGGGACUCGUUUCAAACUGCAUCCAGAGACGGGUGGGGUCUCUAUUACUAACCAGCAAUUUGAAGGCGAUCGGCCUACUCGGUCAUUAGCUGAAGAAACCGGGCUAUCCGACAAGUUUAACAAUGGAUGGAAACCUCUGGCCUUCCGACUGGACGUAAGAGCUGUGCUUAUUUCAGCAUUUGUCACGACGAUGGUUGCACUGGCGAUUCUUCAAUCGAUAUCUGAAACACACUCUGGACUUUGCAGGAAUACAGAUACAGCAUCACGAAUCUACUCCUUUGUACCAACACUGAUUCUGGUUUUGCUGAGCUAUGCAUGCUCUGGGGUUGACGGAACCGUCCGCUCGAUGAACACCUACAAAAGCCUCAGCAACCCGUCCAAAAAGCAGCCUCUACUGUUGAACUACAGAGAAUACAACUUUUGGGCAUCCAAAAAGCUCACUUCGAAGAGACACAAUCUGGGAUUUGCAGUUGUGGCUUCAUCCAUCGCCCUGAUACUUUUCCCGGUCAUAAAGAUCAUUGCCGCCGGUCUUUACGAAACCACGGUUACCACGUAUGAACGCGAUAUUGUCGUCAAACUCGACGCAAGUCUACCUGAGAAUUGGGAGAGCACACUCACUGCAGAUGACCCAUCCGAAAUGGGCAGCAGAUUCGCCGAAUGGACUCGCAUUCCGAUGUUUAACCUAGGUCAACGGCCUGGGAUCUUAGAGAACCUCGUCUUCAGUAAUAUCAGCGGCAUUGUUGACGAGCUCGACUACGAAAUCAUCCCAGGGGAUACCAUAGAACUGCCUGUUCCUGCUAUUCUCGUUGAUGUUAACUGCACCGCCCUAUCCAACGACAUGUUCGACUUCAAAGUCGCUGCUUCAUCUGGCUUUAAUGGCGCUGACAUGUACUACGGGAUCGAAUGCAACUCACCGCUUUGUGAUGGAUUUUUGAGUAACAGUUAUGACGCGUACGGCGGCUACAAAUUCCUGGGCAGAGUGUAUUCGCCAACAACGGCGAAGUUCGGGAUCGCCCUUUCCAACUUUGAAAGCUCAUACGAGAGGAUCAAUAACCUAACAGCGGUAGAAGACGGGGACAUAAUUCAACCUGGUGAUGUCGACAUUGCUCUUCCAACCACGAGGGGAGCUGUUUGCAACAGAGAUAUGCACCUCGUUGAAGCGAAUGUUACAUUCACACAAAAAACACAACGCGGCUUGAACGAUGCCGUAACAGUUCUUCCCUGGAGUCCGUCACAUUUUGACCGCGAAUCUCUCAUCUUCAAAAGAAAACUCGAUGACGUCGAUGACAGGAUAGGCUCACUCCUCCCCAUCUGGUAUUCGCCUGAUUCGCAAAGCUUCCUCAACAGCAACGAUAGCUUGUGGCAAACGGAGACGACGAGCCUCAACUUCUUCGAGCUGCUGGCAACCUACGCAGAAUACGAGGCCAAGAAUAUAUCAUCACUUCUAGACACGGACGGCUUCAAUCGAGCAGUCACGGAAAUGUUCACGGCGUACACGGUCCAGCUUCUCACCGAGCUUCGGCCCGCCGCCAACGGCACGGCCAGGAACGCGAACGCUACAAUCGCAAUGCAGCGCGAACGCAUAAGCCAGGAUCUGAUCUCCACAAUCGUCGUCGAGGUGCUGUUGGCCGCUGUCCUCUGUUGUUUGGCCUGGAUUGCGCUCCGCUUUCCCCGUUCGGCCAUUCUCCCAAAGGAUCCGGACUCGAUUGCUGCACGCUUCUCACUCCUGGCCGGGAGCAGGCUCGUCCAACGUCUCCGUGAAGACCCGUCGGCGCGACAGCGUGAUGAUGGGAUAUGGGCUGAGAAGUCUGGCCUCGGUUGGUGGCCAGCCAGCGGAUCAGAAGGGAUGUGGAGAUGGGGUAUUGAUAUUGGCAACGACAUGGUCAAGCAGGAUUGGAAGCAUUCGCCAGCCGAGGUCGGUGUCGAGGAAGCCGUUCAAAGCACAUCUGAGGAGGCCCUAGACGCUGUCAAACUUGAAAAUACUGGUGAGGCUCAAACCUCAAGCCUGUUGGUGGCGGACUCGAGAGCCACUCAUCGACAAGCUUGA